AACGGUUCGGAAAAUGAAUGAACACAAAACUUGUUUUGGGAUUAUCUCGCUUUGAGAACUUCAUUUCCCAAAGUUCCAAGGGAGCAGAAAAAAUACGGAAGUCGGCGAGAAGUUUACCUAAAAUUAAACUUGAAAUCGUUAACGCGUACUGUGCACUCGAGGGACUUCAAUGUCGCGCUUUUUACCGUCACGGGGUCAAAGCAACAACUUUGACAACGUCGUGGGACGCUUUCAUUCGGCUUAGCUGGUCGCUAAUGCCAGGAAGUAGUCUGGACCCAAGCGACUUUUCGACUGAGCCCCGCUUGUCUAAUUUCAAACGGUUUGUCCAGGCUCCUAUGUGCCUGCAUCAUGGAUCACAAGGACUCUGUGAGCAGCAUCAGAGUGUUCUCUCUCAAUUGCUGGGGAGUGCGCUACCUUAGCAAACAUUGCGCCGAGCGCUACGCUAUGAUCGCAGACAUGCUACACGAAGAAAAGCACGAUGUGGUCCUUCUGCAAGAAGUGUGGAGUGAAAAAGACUACCUGUUCCUGAAAAAGAAACUGGCAUCCAGCCACAUUCACUCACAUUACUUUAAGAGCGGCGUCAUUGGUAGCGGGUUGGCAAUUUUCUCCAAACACAGAAUCCAAGACACACUUCUUUUCCGCUAUUCACUAAAUGGGUACCCAUACAUGGCUCACCAUGGCGACUGGUUUGGAGGCAAAGCUGUGGGUCUGGCUGUCGUGAACAUUGGCACAUUGACUGCAAACUUCUAUCUGACUCACUUACACGCCGAGUAUUCCCGGGAGAAAGAUGCUUAUUUGCCUCACAGGGUUGUUCAAGCCUGGGAACUACAGCAAUUUAUCCGACACACGUCCGCCGGCGCCGACGCAGUGGUCCUUGGUGGCGACCUCAACAUGCACCCUCAGGACCUAGGAAACAGGCUUCUGACUUCUUACACGGGAUUGCGGGACGCUUACACCGAAGCCAAUCAUUUUGAAGGAUGUGAAGACGGUCUUACUCUCAUACUUGAAAAUCCUUUCAUCAGUCAAAAGGUGAUCGCUCCCUUCGAGAAAGGAAUCAGGAUCGACUACAUCCUCUUCAAGGGUUCUUGCACAGCUGACAUCCAAUGUGCAUCUAUGUACACAACCAAAGGAUCCAUUCCGGGUCGGCCUUUCCCCUACUCGGACCAUGAGGCGCUUACGGCUGAACUCCACUUCGACAUGCUAGCUCCAAGUGAGGCCUACGGAGAUUUUCGGGCAAGGAGCUGCAACUGUGCUGAAGAGGAGGUGGCCCAACUGGUGGAUAUCUUAACAGAGGCACGCACUGAGGUAAAAGUCGGGGUCCAUUGCGCCAAACGAAUGCGUGAAACGGCAACCCGCACGGGCGUCAUGGGCUUGGCUUUACUCCUUCUGGAGUUGGCCAUUGCCGCUGUCCCUUGGUUGGCACUGGGCACCCAGCAGACCUUCCCGUUCCCGCUUACCUCUUUCUACCUGCUGGCGGCACUGUGUUUCGCCAUCCUGCUGUGCACUUCGUUGCUCUAUGUUUUCUACACCAUGGAGCUCAAGUCCCUGCAGGGUACUGAGGACCAGAUGAGGUUAGCGGUGGGGGCCCUGCAGGAGAAGUUGAGGGGAUUCCCUGUGGUGGAGCAACAGGAACGUUUGGGGAAAUAAUGAGCAUGAGAAGUCUUAUCCAUCCGUUUCCAAACCAGUUAUCUAAUAUGGGGAAGCUGAACUUUGCGCUGAAAGCUGAAUGUUUCAGUGCCAUUGACUGUAGUGCUAUACGAUAUGACGAUAUAUAUCGCUAAAACAAUAUAAAACUUCGAAAUUUGACAUGGCUAUCGUCAUUAUCGCUCGAAAUUUGACAUGUCUAUCGUCAUUAUGGCCAUAUAUAGACUUGCUCCUGCAAUGAAUAUUUUGUCCAGCAGAAGAUGCCCAAUUUGUGCUGAUUUGCUACAUUUUAGGGUUACAUAUGGCAGUGGUGCCCAAGUCGGGUGCUUGAGAGCCUUUAUCCAGUUUGUUUUCCAAAUAAUCUGGAUUGUUAUCAGGCUCCUGUAGAGCUUGCUGGUGAGCUGAUCAUUUAAUUAAGGUGUGUUAAAGGAGGGAAACAUGGAAAACAAGCUGGAUAGGGGCUCUCAAAGACCUGACUUGGGCACCCCUGGUAUACGCCAUAGUAGUACCACUCAGUAGUGAGCUAAAUGGCUCUCCCUGCCAACUGCAUGUGAGUAAUGCAUGCAAAACAAUUGAAAAUGGCAACAUAAAAAUCACACACAGACAACACAAUUUGUUUCAAUUUCAAUAUUGAUUAGUAUCUUAUUAAUGAUAUUAUGCUAACUUAAGAUCCAGCAUAUUAAAAGUCAAAACCACUAGUCCCAAAUAUUGGUAGAUUAUUCGAUAUCUUUACAUUUGAGCAAAAAUAUGUACGCAAUCGUGCUGCUUCUCUUUACAUUGGAUGUUAGAUUGCAGCAUUACUUGAUACAUUUAACAUGUGUAGCUGGUCAGUUUAAUGUAAAUUCUAAGAUUAAGUGAAUGGGAGGGAAGUUGUCAUAGUUAUUGCAUAAUUUUUCACCAAAACAGUGUAUCACAAAAGUGAGUACACUCCUCGCAUUUCUGCAGAUAUUUAAGUAUAUCUUUUCAUGGUACAACACUGACAAAAUGACACUUUGACACAAUGAAAAGUCGUCUGUGUGCAGCUUAUAUAAUAGAGUUAAUUUAUGUUCCCCUCAAAAUAACUCAAAAUAUAGCCAUUAAUAUCUAAACCCCUGACAACAAAAGUGAGUGCACCCCUGUGAAAAACGUAUAUCCCUAAAUGUCCAAAUUGGGUACUG